AUGAUAUCCUCAAAGUUCCUCACUCCUCGUCCCUUGGGUAAAAAUGGCCCUCUCGUGCCAGCCCUAGGCUUUGGCUUGAUGAUGAUGACUGCCCCAAGCUACGGCGCUUUACCUGCCGACGACGAACGGUUUGCACUUCUUGACCGUGCUGUUGAAAUCGGGGCAAUGUUCUGGGAUACUUCCGACCUAUAUGGUGACAACGAAGAACUCUUAGCCAAAUGGUUUAAGAAAACCGGAAAACGGGAUCAGAUCUUCCUCGCAUCCAAUUUUGGAUAUGUGCGAGGCAGCACGACUCUGGAGAUUGAUUCUUCGCCUCAGUACUGCAAGAAGGCUUGUGAUGUGACCCUAAAGGUCCUGGGUAUCGACUACAUUGACCUCUACUAUGCCCACAAUGUCGAUACUGUAACACCAAUUGAAGAGACCAUGCGAGCUCUUUUGGAACUACAAGCUGAAGGCAAAAUCAAGCACAUUGGUUUGUCCAUGGUAUCAUCCAAAGCGCUCCGACGCGCAGCUAAAAUCGGCACCGUCGCCGCCUACCAACCAGCAUACUCUCUAUUCGACCGCAAAAUCGAGGGUUCCGAGGGGACCAAUGCCUUCGCUACAUGCCGGGAACUCGGCAUUGCAAUCGUCGCUGCCACACCGUUGGGAAGAGGCCUGCUCACCUCCAGAUUUAGCAGCGGAGGAUCCGUUGGGGACGAUACUGAUGUGCGCGGAAGGGCUAUGCCACGGUUUCUGGAAGGGCAGCGAGAGCAGAAUGCCCAUGUGGCGGCACAGAUCAAGGUUGUUGCUGAUAGGAAAGGAUGCUCUUUGCCUCAAUUGGCGCUUGCCUGGCUUCUGAGGCAGGGUGACGAUGUCUUUCCGAUUCCGGGCGGCAAGAUUAGGGCUAUUGUUGACAAGGCUCCUGUUGCUGGGGGGGCUGUUCCGGCGCAGUUCACUGAGCUGUUGUUCCGUGAUACGAAGGAAGAAUGA